CGAGAUUAGCUACCCCUUUUCCUCCGUCGAUCACCACGUUUUUCCCAAUCUUCACCGUCCCUUACAUAAAUUCCUUUUCCCCGCAUAUCCUCACUUCAAGCUGCAAUCCUUCUUCGUCUUCUCCCCCCAAGAAGAAAUGGCGGCUUUCCAACGAACGUCGUUUACAUUCUACUCGUCCUCGCUGCCGUCCACUAAAAUUCUCGCCGCGCCGACGGCGAAGCUCUCCUUCUCUGGAGGCCUGAGGCUUCCGAAGUUCACUAUCAAGUCUCCCUCCAGAAGACUCUCCCGCCGCGCCGGCGGCGGUGUGCUUGGUGCCAUAAUGGCUGACACGGCUGCCGGAAGAUACGCUUCCGCGCUCUGCGAUGUCGCCAUGUCGAACGGAACUCUGGAACAAACCACAGCGGACAUGGGGAAGAUCGAGAAGAUCUUCUCCGACGAUUCGGUGUUCGAUUUCUUCGCCAGUCCUGUGAUGAGAGAUGAGAAUAAGCGGUCGGUACUCGAUGAGAUCGCCGAGUCGUCGGAGCUCCAGCCGCACACGGUCAAUUUCCUGAAAAUCCUGUUGGACAUGAAUCGAAUGGAGCUGAUAAAGGACAUCGUGAAGGAGUUCGAGGAAUUGUAUAACCAGGCGACGGAGACGGAGCUGGCGGUUGUGACCUCGGUGGUGAAGCUGGACUCGCAGCACCUGGCGCAGAUCGCGAAGGGCGUUCAGCGGCUAACCGGAGCUAAGAAUGUUCGAAUCAAGACCGUGAUUGACCCGUCUCUGGUGGCCGGGUUCACAAUCCGGUUCGGAGAUUCUGGGUCCAAAUUAGUGGAUAUGAGUGUAAAGAAGCAGCUUCAGGACAUUGCUGCUCAGCUCGAGAUCAAAGACAUUCGGUUGGCCGUAUAAUUAACCCCUCCCUCUCCUUUUUCCAAUUUACUUAUUUAAUCAUAAUUGCUGCAAAUCACGAAUGUUGUAAUGAAUGGAAUAUUGGAGUUAAUCAUGUUGUCAAUAUACUUAUCUUGUACCAAUAUCGGCUUAUUCUUCAGAUAUGCAAAUUCAACAAGCUUUUUCA